ACCUAUCACCUUUCGCCUUUGCACUACGCUCGAGUCGCGACGAUCGAUCUACACCAGCGCAACCUCCGAAUCCAUUCAAUAUCAACCCCAAUACGAGCGCAAACCUUCCAUCAUGUCGGACAACGAGGGCAUGAGCAACAAUGAAGCGAACGACAAGAUCGCGGUCAAGACGUGGCGAGCAUGGCGAACAAUCCACGAGAUGGUUCAAGACCGAGGUUACGAGCUGUCCGAGUCUGAAGUGAACAUCCCGCUGGAAUCCUUCAAGAACAUCUACUGCAAUGCCGACGGCUCUAUUCUACGCGCGAAACUCAAAUUCUCCGCACGCCCAAGCCCCGAGAUGAUCAAGAAGUUCGCGCAACCCGUCACAGCCGCCAACCCGGAGCCAAAAUCCGACGUCGGCACCGUAUGGGUCGAGUUCCUCGACGAAGACUCCCUAGGUGCCGAGCAAAUGCGUAAAUUCGGCCGAUUCUGCGCGACCGAAAACCACCACACCGGAAUCCUCGUAUCGCACGUCGCCGUAUCCUCGUCCGCGAAGAAGGAAAUCGCCAAAUUCGCCCAGUGGACGUCUAUCGAGUGGUUCCUCGAAGAGGACUUGCUUAUCAACAUCACGCACCACGAACUCGUACCGCGCCACGUCAUCCUAUCCCGCGACGAAAAAGUCGCUCUCCUCAAGCGCUACCGCCUCAAGGAGACCCAGCUCCCGCGUAUCCUCCAGAAGGACCCUGUCGCCAAGUACUUCGGCAUGAAACGUGGUCAGGUCGUCAAGAUUAUUCGUACCAGUGAAACAGCGGGUCGUUACGCGAGUUACAGACUAUGCGUAUAAUUUUGAGCCUUGGAGAAAUCAAAGAAAAGGUACUCUAAGCUAAAGGAAAGGAGGAGAAGAGAGGAGAGGGGAACGAAGCUUUGCACAAAAAAACCGGCGUCUGCGAGCAUGACUUUGAUUUGGCAAGGGGUGGCGUUUUAUGGAUUUUGUAAUUCAGGGAGAUUCCCAGAUUCUCUUCCCGUCGGUAGCUACCAAGAGGUCUACUACUACUGGUAAUUGAGAGGUAUUUUGCUCUUA